AUGGCGAUGAAGAGCCGUUUCGAGACCUCCAGAGGCGCCCGCGACGUGGUGAGCCCCAGCCCCACGGCGAAGUACCGGCAGCCGUCAACAGGCUCCCGCAGCCCCUCCACUGUGUCCUUGCUGGGCGCAGAGGCACGGGGCAGCCUGAGCCUGUCGCGCCUGGACUCUCCGAUGGCCACGCUGCGGCCGAGCACGCCCACCUACGGCUUUGGCGCUGUAUCAAGCACAAGGCUGGACCUGAGUCGGACGGACCUUAUGGGAAUGGAUGUGGGCGAUUCUGAGUCGACCGUCCGCUCCGGCAUAGAGGAGGUGCGGUCCAGCGUGCGGGAUCUCCAGCGCCAGGUGAAGCAGGCGCCCCGUAGUUGGCGUGCGGACAUCGAGGCGGCCGUGGACGCGCUGAAGGAUGCCCUUCUGGCCAUUUGGUCGACCUUUGCUGAUGCUGAAGCAGCCGCUUCGACGUAUGACGUGGCUUUGGGCGUUGUCGUGGUGACGUCCGCGCUUGAGGAAUACUCCUCCAGGGUUCUGCUGGCGCGCCAGACUUGGGCUCGAGGGCCAGAGAUCCUCUUUGUGGCCGGUGCCCAAGGCAACGCAUCUCUGGGCGUGGAAUCGCUGCCUUGCGGCGAUGAUGAGGGACGGGGCGUGUGCUGCAAGACGCUGCUGGGCUUGAAGUUGGCGCUGCGGCGCUUCCCGAACGCCCAGUGGCUGGUCCGGGCGGUGGAUGACACGGCGGUCUUCCCGCAGCACCUGGUGCGGGAACUAGCGCUCUUCGAUGCAAGGAGCUUCGUGUAUUUGGGCGCCCCCUCCCUGACGCUUCUCUGCCACAUGGCCAAGUUCGCGGGGCAGUGCGCCGAGCUCCAUGGAGGGGGCGGAGGGGGCGUGGUGCUGAGCCGCCCGCUGGUGCAGCGCUUGCUGCAGUUCGAGGAGCUCUUCCUGCAGGAGUGCAGGCAUGACGACGCGUUCUUGGGGCAUUUCCUCCGGUAUGUCCUGGAUGUGCACCUCCUGGCGCUGCCCGGGAUCUCGCAGGAACCACGCUUCGCCUCGGCGGAACGCUGGGAUGGCGGCUUACCCAGCUGCCCCUGGCCCUUGCCCGGACCUGUCUAUUCGCCGCUGGAGGACUGGGGCCCCUUGCAGCCCUUCGCGCCACUGGACGCCACCCGGCUGUGCCUGGUGCACAGCGCCCGGCGCCCGGCGCCCGCGGGGCAGGAGGAGGUGAAAGAGAUCCACUUAGAGGUGCGAGGCCUGACGGGCUUGCUGCGCCCUGUGGAGGUGGACGCCUCCAUCUCCAUCCAAGAGCUGCGGCAGAAGUUAGAGGAGGAGCUGGGCAUCCCGGCCAAGGAGCAGCAGCUGGUGGUGGGCACGGUGCCCUUGGACGGCCAGAACGUGGGCGCCGUGCUGAAGGGUCAGGAGCCUGCUCCUGAGUUGACGGUGGUCCGCGUGGAGCAAGAGAGCCAGGAACCAUCUGGCUGGCUGGACAGGGAUGCAUGGAAUUGGCGCUGA